AUGUGUUCCAAUGUUGUUGUUUUCAUGGAAAUGGAAGAUAAGCUAAGCCAACAGACAAUGAAAGUGAAUGAGAAGCAGAGUUGGGCGGUGUCGCCGUCCGAUGUUGUUUAUCAUUUCGGUACGAGUGGACUUUCCGUUGCGGCUGCCACCGCGGUAACUCAUCCUCUAGAUGUUCUCAAAGUCAGGCUGCAAAUGCAACUUGUUGGCCAGAAAGGCCCCCUUACUGGAAUGGGACGAUUGUUUCUCCAAACUUUUAAAAACGAAGGGCCAAGAUUUUUGUAUCUGGGGUUGGCACCAGCAUUGACAAGGUCUGUUCUUUAUGGGGGUCUCCGUUUAGGCUUGUAUGAGCCCUCAAAGUAUGCCUGCAAUUGGGCUUUUGGGUCGACCAAUAUUUUUGCGAAGAUUGCAUCUGCAGGAUUUGGCGGUGCAAUUGCAACUGCACUGACAAAUCCAGUUGAGGUUUUGAAGGUGCGGUUACAGAUGAAUCCACACUUGAGUAAAGGUGGGCCAACGGGAGAACUGCGUAGGAUGAUUUCUGAAGAGGGAGUGAAAGCUCUUUGGAAGGGGGUUGGCCCUGCUAUGGCCAGAGCUGCUACGUUGACUGCAUCACAACUUGCAACAUAUGAUGAAACCAAGCGGAUAUUGAUCAGGUUGACAUCACUUGAAGAAGGAUUCAAUCUACAUCUCAUCUCAAGCACAGUCGCAGGCAUGGCGAGUACCCUCAUAACUGCACCAGUGGACAUGAUAAAAACCCGUCUGAUGUUGCAGAAGGAAUCUAAAAGGAUGGGAAGCUAUAAAAAUGGAUUUCACUGUGCAUACCAGGUUAUGCUUACAGAAGGCCCCAAGGGUCUUUACAAGGGGAGCCUUGCAACUUUUGCAAGAUUGGGUCCACAAACUACAAUUACCUUCAUACUGUGUGAGAAGUUGCGCGAGCUUGCUGGAUUGAACGCAAUCUAG